AUGAACCGGUCCGUGCGGGGGCUCUGGCUCCUGGGGGGCGUCGUCCUCCUGCUGAUGGGGUCCUCCGGCUCCACUUCGCAUUCCUUCAGGAAUUUCUACACGGGGUUGUCUGAGUCCAGCCUGGGGCUUCCCCAGUUCAUGACUGUGGGCUAUGUGGACGACCAGCCCAUCGCUCGCUAUGACAGCCACACCCACAAGAAGGAACCCAUCGCCCCCUGGAUGAGUAAGGUGGACUCCAAGUACUGGGAGGAGGAGAGCAUGAUCUUGCAGGGUAAUGAGGAGCUGUUCAGAACAGACCUGGCAACCAUGCGGAAUCGCUUCAACCAGAGCAGUGGAGGCUUCCACAACCUGCAGCUCAUGUACGGCUGUGAGGUGGGGCCGGACAGGCAGCCCACGGGAGGGAAACUCCAGUUCGCCUACGAUGGGGAGGACUUCAUCGCCUUUGACAUGCAGACCCUCACCUGGACGGCCCCCGUGCCCCAGGCCCUACAGACCAAGAGGAACUGGGAUGCUGAUGCCCGUAAUACCAUAUACUGGAAGUCCUACCUGGAGGAGGAAUGUGUGGAGUGGCUGCGGAGGUACCUGGACUAUGGGAAGGAGACACUACUGAGGACAGAGGCUCCAACAGCGAAGGUAGCUCGCAAGGCAGGCUACGAUGGCCGGGAGUCCCUCAUCUGCCGAGCCCACGGGUUCUACCCCAGGGAGAUUGAGGUCACCUGGAUGAAGGAUGGGGAGGACCGGAAACCAGACACCUUCACGGGGGGUGUCUUCCCCAACUCCGACGGUACCUACCACACCUGGCUCAGCAUCGAAGUGGACCCCAGGGAGAGAGACCGCUACCGGUGCCGGGUGGAACAUGACGGCCUGCUGGAGCCCCUGGACUUGGCCUAUGAAGAUCCAACAUCCAACUUGGGGCAUUCUCUGGGCAUCCUUGGAGGGCUGGUCCUGGCUGUCAACCUGCUGGGGAUUGGGGUCCUCUUCUACAGGAAAAAACGGCAAAAGAAGGGCUACAAAGCAACAGCAAGAAGUGACCAGGGGUCUGACACCUCCAGCAAUGGAUUGUCCAAGGUGGUGCUCAUUGUGGGGGUCCUCACGGGAGCGGUGGCAGGUCUGUUUGUGGCUGGGAUCGUCUUCUACUUCCAUGAGUAA